GCCGUUAUCUUUCCCUCUUAAUCUUGACGUACUCCUGCCUAAUAAAACUAGCGGAAAAUUGAAAAUUCUUCAUCGGUUUGUUGUAGAAGCUGGUGAAUCUUGGAUUCAUACUUAUAAAUGGUGUUGGGGAUUACAGUUGCAGCUCCCGGAUCUCUUUCCUCAUUCUUUACCCCUAAACCUUCUUCUUCAUCGCAAUGGAUGCACAACGAAAUCAAACCAUCCCCAAUUCUACAUACCAUCUACGCAUCCUCUUCCUUAUCUGAAGACAGUGCUCCAAUCAAUGAUACUAAAUCUUCCAAUAUCGAUCGAAGAAAAUGGUUGGUCUCAUCGGUUGGGCUAUUAGCAGUAUCACUGGGAAAUCCUUUAGGAAAUGGAGUUGCAAUGGCGUCAAAUUUUGCUGAUAUGCCAGCUCUAAAGGGGAAGGAUUAUGGGAAAACGAAGAUGAAGUAUCCUGAUUAUGCUGAAACAAGCUCUGGACUCCAAUACAAGGAUUUACGAGCAGGAAGUGGUGCAACACCAAAGAUUGGAGACACUGUAGUGGUUGAUUGGGAUGGUUACACAAUUGGAUAUUAUGGGCGCAUAUUUGAAGCUAGAAACAAGACCAAGGGUGGUUCUUUUGAGGGUGAUGACAAGUCCUUUUACAGAUUCCGAUUAGGUUCCCAUGAGGUAAUACCAGCUUUUGAGGAAGCUGUUGCAGGCAUGUCUUUGGGUGGAAUCAGAAGGAUCAUUGUGCCACCAGAUCUUGGAUACCCUGAGAAUGAUUAUAACAAGAGUGGUCCAAGACCAACAACAUUUUCGGGCCAAAGAGCAUUGGAUUUUGUGCUGAGGAACCAAGGAUUGAUUGAUAAAACCCUUCUGUUUGACAUUGAGCUUUUAAACAUCAUACCCAACUGAGGAACAUCUCCAAUAACUCGUACAAGUCUUGUAUUACUAGCAACUUUCUACAUUUUCAUCAUUUCCGUUUGUUGGAACAAAGAGUCAUAGAAACAAAUGUUGUGUUAUUUUCAGAUUCCCUGAUUGGUUAUUCUCAUGCUAUAUUGUGUACAUUGUUAAGGAAGCUCAAAGUGUGAGGUUUAAGAUGA